GGUAUAUUACCUUGAACACGUGUAGCCAAAUUGGUAUUUUACAGAUUUAUGGAUAUCAAUCUGCAGAAUGUUUUUCUAACGAAUGAGUCAAGUGGCAUAAGGGAAAAUGUAAUCAGAAGUAUGCCGUAAGUGCAAUUUAUCGUUGGUUGAGAUUGCUAAUACUGACCUCUAUUUAUUUGAAGAUGAACAUUCUUCAAUUGGGUAAGCGGAAUGAAAACAUAUCAUUUCAAUUUACAUUUAAACGAGAGUUGUGAAGUGUUGGCUUCUCGCUGUUGUCGGGUUAAAGAAUAACGAACAAAAAAGGUCUACCGUUCAUCUUCUGGAGGGGGAAAGAAUGGAUAGUUUUGAUAAAGAAGAGGCAAGUGACAUUGUAAAUAAAUAUGAAGAGACUUUAAAAUACCUUCGAACGUUGUUGUUGAAGAAAGACGAAGAGAUUCAAACUUUGAGGAGUCAACUAGACAAGUUCCAGUCUGUGUUCAUUCCAGGUUAUAUCCGUAGCGGUAGCGGACGGAGAAAACAUCGGGCCUACGGCAUUUCAGCCGAACCACAUUCCCUGCAAACCAUUGAAGAGCUAAUAUCAACCAGGUUCCCCGAUCAUCCUAAAUCAGAGAGGUCUAAGGAAAUGAUCAAACAAGCUAUUUUGGAUAAUGACUUCAUGAAAAACUUGGAACCAGUACAAAUUCAAGAGAUUACAGACUGUAUGUAUCCUGUUGAGUAUGCCCAAGACAGUUUCAUCAUUAAGGAAGCAGAAGUGGGAUCUGUUAUGUUUGUUAUGGAAGAGGGAAAGGUGGAUGUUACAAAAGAAGGGAAGUUUCUCUGUUCUGUAAAACCAGGACAAGUUUUUGGAGAAUUAGCUAUCUUAUACAACUGUACUCGAACUGCAACAGUAAAAGCUGUUAUGGAUUGUAGAUUGUGGGCAAUAGAAAGGCAGUGUUUCCAAACAAUAAUGAUGAGAACAGGACUAGUGAGGCAAACUGAACACACAUAUUUUUUAAAAAGCGUACCAACUUUUCGGAACUUAAAUGAAGAAACCAUUUUCAAGAUAGCUGAUGUAUUAGAAGAAAUGACAUACAACAUGGGUGAUUAUAUAAUUAGACAAGGAGCACAUGGUGAUACUUUUUUUAUCAUCAGCAAAGGAACGGUAAGAGUUGAUUAUAACCUCAUUAGAAUGAAAAGUUAUUUCUAA